AUGUCGCAAAUGAGGGCCAUCCGCUUCAUAGCCUCCAGCAAGAGGUCGCCGGUGCCACCAGCCCUCAUGCUGCAAUGUCACGUCAGGCCAAGCGCUAGCAAAUCACGAGAAGGCAUCACCUCGCUGUCCGACGACGCCAUCAACCUAUCUGUUGCCGCACCGCCCCUCGAAAACAAGGCCAACCAGGCCGUCGUCGCCGUCUUGAGCGAGGCCCUCGGUUCUCCCAAGUCCGACCUGAACAUCGUCAGCGGUCUCAAGUCGCACGAAAAGACUGUGGCUGUCAAGGGAAAACUUGCCCUGGGCACCGAGAAAGAGGUUCUCUCCCGGGUGAUAGAGCUCCUUCGUCAGGCUACUACACCGACCUCGUGA